AUGGAGUCUUCUCAUGGAUUACUUAUGUUAGGGUUAUUUGCUAUGAUUUGUUCAAUUGCCUUCGCUUCUGAUCCUAGUCCUCUUCAAGAUUUCUGUGUCGCAGAUUCUAAUGGUCCAGUACUAGUGAACGGGCUCAGCUGCAAAGACUCCAAGAUGGUUGAGGCCCAAGACUUCUUCUUCAGUGGGCUUCACAUAGCAGGAAACACAUCAAACGCAGUUGGAUCACGUGUGACUGCUGUGAACGUGGCCGAAAUUCCAGGCCUAAACACUCUUGGAAUCUCCCUUGCCCGAGUUGACUAUGCACCGUGGGGCAUUAACCCACCACACACGCAUCCUCGCGCAACUGAAAUAUUGACAGUUCUUGAAGGCACUCUCGAAGUGGGUUUUGUCACCUCCAACCCGGAAAACCGUCUCAUUAAAAAAGUUGUUUAUAAGGGUGAUGUGUUUGUGUUCCCAAUUGGUCUUGUUCACUUCCAGAGAAACAUUGGUUAUGGUAAUGCCGUUGCCAUUGCAGCUUUGAGCAGCCAAAAUCCGGGGGUCAUUACCGUCGCGAAUGCGGUGUUCGGAUCUAAUCCCGACAUCUCUCCCGAUAUUCUUGCAAAAGCUUUCCAAGUGGAUAAAAACGUAGUUCUAGGUGUGCAAUCCAAGUUUUGA